CGUCCGAUGAUGCAUCAACGGCGCGCAGGCGUUGGGGAGCACGGAGGCAUCAAAAGAAGAAUCUCCAUUUGCUUUUCGUCUUCUUCAAGCUCUCUCCCCUUCCGCUGCUUUUCUCCACUCUUCCUCGGCCUAAGUUCUCUGCUUCGUCUCUCGUCUCUGCUGAUUCUCCUCAGUAUCAGAAUGGGAACCAAAUCUGGGGCUAUUUUGGUUGCUGUCUUCACUUUGCUGCUUUUGUCACCUGAGGUUUAUUCGUCGUCCAACGAUGGGCUGAUCAGAAUUGGGCUCAAAAAGAGAAAGUUGGACCAACUGAAUCGCAUCUCACGGCUGCGUAAUUGUAAGGAAGGGGGUGCACUGAGGGGUCCUCUGAGGAAGUACUAUCCCAAUGGUUACAUCAGUGACCCGGAGGAUGCCGAUAUUGUCUCACUUAAGAAUUACAUGGACGCACAGUAUUUUGGGGAAAUUGGCAUUGGAACACCUUCACAGAAGUUCACUGUGAUAUUUGACACAGGAAGUUCUAAUCUCUGGGUGCCUUCAUCAAAGUGUUACUUGUCACUUGCAUGUUAUUUCCACUCCAAGUACAAGUCCAGCGCAUCCAGUACCUACAAGAAAAAUGGUAAAUCUGCAGCAAUUCAUUAUGGAACUGGAGCAAUUUCAGGUUUUUUUAGCCAGGACAGUGUUAGAGUUGGCGAUCUCGUUGUUAAGAAUCAGGAUUUUAUUGAGGCAACUAGAGAGCCAAGCAUCACUUUCUUAGCUGCAAAGUUUGAUGGUAUACUUGGACUUGGAUUCCAAGAAAUAUCAGUUGGGGAUGCAGUUCCUGUCUGGUAUAAUAUGGUCGAUCAAGGUCUUGUUAAGGAACCAGUCUUCUCAUUCUGGCUUAACCGGAACACUGAGGAGGGAGAAGGUGGGGAAAUUGUGUUUGGUGGUGUUGAUCCUAACCACUACAAGGGUGAACAUACAUAUGUCCCAGUGACUAAAAAAGGCUAUUGGCAGUUUGACAUGGGUGAUGUCCUCAUCGAUGGAGAAACAACUGGAUUUUGUGGGGGUGGUUGUUCAGCAAUUGCAGAUUCUGGGACCUCCCUGUUGGCUGGCCCCACGACUAUAAUAACUCAAAUCAACAACGCUAUUGGGGCCUCUGGAGUUAUAAGCCAAGAAUGCAAGACAGUGGUUGCAGAGUAUGGAAAGACCAUCAUUGAUAUGCUCUUAGCUGAGGCGCAACCAGAAAAGAUCUGUUCCCAAGUUGGCUUCUGCACUUUUGAUGGGACUGCUGGUGUCAGGAUGGGUAUAGAGAGCGUGGUGGAUGAGAACUCAGGCAGGUCAUCAGGUGGUUCACGUGAUGCAAUGUGUAGCGCUUGUGAGAUGGCAGUGGUGUGGAUGCAAAACCAGAUAAGGAAGAAUCAGACGGAAGAGCAAAUCAUAAACUACGUCAAUCAGCUCUGUGAGCGACUGCCCAGUCCAAUGGGAGAAUCAGUAGUCGACUGCGAUAAGCUAUCUUCCCUGCCCAGCGUCUCUUUCACCAUCGGCGGGAAAGCGUUUGAUCUUUCGGCAGAGGAGUACGUGCUGAAAGUCGAAGCGGGAGUAGCGUCUCAGUGCAUCAGCGGUUUUAUUGCUUUAGACGUGGCUCCCCCCCGUGGACCUCUGUGGAUUCUGGGUGAUGUCUUCAUGGGCCAAUAUCACACCGUGUUCGAUUAUGGGAACCUGCAGGUGGGAUUCGCUGAGGCGGCUUAGAUGGUCAGGGUCUUCCUAGAGAGAGACACACUGGUUUCAGUAGCCCUAUAUGCUUGUACAUGUGCAAAGUAUCACGUUAUCCAAGGUGUGCUGCCUUAUCUUAGAAACCUUAAACACGUCAUGACGGUGAAUUUCGGGACUCUGUGUAAAUAUGACGGUUGAUACGUGAUUAUGCUCUUAUAUGAGGUACUCGACAUGGAAUCUUUAGUGGUAUUAUGCAUAAUACGCCUUGUAGUGCUCUCCA